CCCAUGUGUCACUAGUGGCCCUGGCACCCUAUGACAGGGGCCCAAGGCUUCUGGGGCAGCUCCUUCCCUGGCUCCAUCAGCAUCCUGGGCUGGAGAAGGACAAGAAAGGCCUUGAUGUCUCUUUAAGCCAGAGUCCAAGUUCCCAGCCUAAUCCCUCCCACCUGCUCUCUACUCGGCCCCCUGACGUCAGGAGGAAGGAGUGGAUGUGUGUGAGUGUGAGUUCAUGCUCUGGGGUGCUGCAUGCUCACACACACACACACACACAUCAAACAGCAUAAGUCCAUCUUUUGCCUGCUGGCCCUUAGAAACAGGGGGUACAAAAGAAGAGGAAGGGGAAAGCUUCUGGAGGCAGGCAGACACCACAGCCCAAGACUGAAGCAGGCAUCUCCAGAAAGCUUCUGGGGCCCAUCCAUACUCUGCAUAGCUCUGUUUUAUCCAGUCUCAUCCCCCGACCACUGCACGCCUUGAAGACGUCCCUGCCCACUAGGCUUCUCCGCCAUGUCCUCUGAGCCCACCUCGCCUCCAGUAGUGCCGCCUCUGCACUCCCCCAAGUCCCCCGUCUGGCCCACCUUCCCCUUCCAUCGCGAGGGGAGCCGGAUCUGGGACCGGGGCAGCAGCCUCCUGCUCAGAGACCUGCCCAGCCCCCUCCCCACCAAAAGAACCAGGACCUAUUCUGCCACCGCUCGGGCCUCAGCUGGGCCCAUAUUCAAGGGCGUCUGCAAGCAGUUUUCGCGUUCACAGGGCCAUGGCUUCAUCACGCCAGAGAAUGGCACAGAGGACAUAUUCGUCCACGUGUCUGACAUCGAGGGGGAGUACGUGCCCGUGGAGGGAGACGAGGUGACCUACAAGAUGUGCCCCAUCCCCCCCAAAAACCAGAAGUUUCAGGCGGUGGAGGUGAUCCUGACCCACCUGGCCCCCCACACUAAGCACGAGACGUGGUCUGGCCAGAUCAUCGGCUCCUAGGCCGCAGCACCAGGGUGGG